AUGGUGCCCUCUAAUGUACUCACAACGGGCAUCCAAACACCCCUCAACAUACUAAUUGUUGGUGCGGGCGUUUGCGGUCCAGCCAUAGCCUUCCUCCUCCAAAAAGCAAAUCACAGACACAACAUCACUAUAAUGGAACGUGGAUCCACACUACGUGCCGCUGGGCAGCAAAUUGACCUAAAAAACGAAGCACCUUUCAUCCUUGAAAAGAUGGGCCUUUUGGAUAGAGUCAAGGCUUGCUGUGUCAACGAGACAGGGCUUGAAGUUGUAGACGCUAAUGACCGUCAAGUAGCUUUCUUUGGGGUCAGCCCCUCUGACGAACGUGGACUCACUUUAACGAGCGAAUUCGAACUGAUGCGUGGAGAUUUUGUCGGUGUGCUGUACGAUGCUAGCAUCGAACAGGAUACAAAGCUGAAAAGUAUCGAGGGCUACAGACAGGGCUUGCAGUACAAAUUCGGGGAAACUGUCGAGAAACUAGAUCAGACCCCACAGGGUCCCGUCGACGUCACGUUUUCGUCGGGCAAGUACGGCGGCCGUUACGAUCUAGUCAUUGGCGCGGACGGUCAGGCUUCACGCACCAGACGUAUGAUGUUUGGGGAGAAAGCCAGUGCCGCGUCGUUUCAUCCAUUGGGUAUUCACGGUGCGUACUUCAGCAUCCCAGGGAUCAAAAAUGAGGGCAGUAUUGCCAAAGUAUUCUUCAGCACGGGACGCAAAAUGGUCUUUACCAGACCAAGCGAUAGGCCAACUACUGGUGUAUUGUUUUUCUUGAGGGGUGAUUUUGCUCAGCUGGACGAGUGUUACCAUCAAUCCAUCGCCGCUCAAAAAGCAGCUUUUACUGCGAUCCUCGACGGUUUUGAAUGGCAAAAGGAUCGAUUUCAGAAGGGCAUUGAGAGUACAGACGACUUUUAUGCCACCAAAUUGGGCCAGAUAAAGCUUAAAACACUUUUCAAAGACCGAACUGUUCUUGUGGGCGAUUCAGGAUACGGCCCGAGUCCCUUCACCGGUUUGGGAACGACCCUAGCGCUCCUUGGAGCGUACACGCUGGCAGGUGAGCUCACCAAACAUGGUGAUAAUAUGGGGGAGGCGUUGAGGAAUUACGAAAACAAAAUGAAGCCCUUCAUUCAAGAGUAUCAACAGAUCCCUUCGACAGCUUUAUCUUUGGUUUUCGUGUCUUCGAGGCCUGCAGUAUGGCUCUUAAACCAGUUUGCUUGGGUUCUGUCGAAAUUUAGCACGAUGAUGCCACAGCGACCUAAUGUGAUCGAUUACAGAGGCCGGCUUCCAGAGUAUCCAGAGCUGCGUCUCGUUGACGAUACUCAGAAGUAA